AUGGACCCAUGGCUAGGGUCACAAGGCCCGAAGACGUGGAGACGAAGGAGUACAUACCACAUCAGAACCGGUCCCUUCCUAACAACUACAACACCAACAACCUACCGCGUCCUCCUCUCGCCCUACACAUCGCACCUCCGCUACACCGUCCCUUCCCUCUUAUCCCUAAACCAGCAAAUCCACGCCGAAGCCAGCAAAAUCCUCUACUCAACAUACACCUUCGCCUUCCACACCAGUAUCGAAGCCGCCGUCCCCUUUCUCUCCGACCUGACACCCAGAAGCCGAGCGUCCAUACGGCAUAUAAGCAUAACGAAGAAGGCAUUGCCAUACAGCAAGGAAUUCGACCGCGCAGAAUGGGCAAGUCUGUGCGAAUACCUCGCUACCCCGUCUUCUGCUGUAGGAGACGGUUCAGAUGCAACCGUACCCCCAAUCUCUCUCCGCACCCUCAACCUGAACGUAAUCUCCGGCAAACCCGACCACGGCUGGGAUGCCAUCACCCCCAUCACACCCUCCGACUUCGACACCAUGCUCCGCAUGAAGAACGAGUGGCUUGGUGGUAAUGGCGACUUCGGCGGCGUGGACUUGGAAUGGGUGGAGCAGGUCAUGGCGAUUAAAGGGUUGCAAGAGGUUAAUGUGAAGGCGAUGGUGGAGAGGUGUGCGAGUCCUGUGAGUGAGAAGCAGGCGUUUUGGAUUGCGUUUAGUAAGAGUGUUGAUGAGGGGGGGUUUGGGGCGUGGGUUAGGGGGAGGAUGAUCCGAUGA